CAGAAAAUGGCGAACGUUAGUGUUUUCUCAAAAUAAAAACGGGAGAAUACGGUCGACAAACAAAAAUUCAUUAUUUCUACGCGGCAAUUUACGUUGAGAAUAAACCAUACAUAACCUGAAACGAAUUAGAAUCACUCCGAAACAUUUGAGAGAGCCUCGGCUUGACGGGCAACCCACAAUGGCCAGCCCAUCGCCUCAAAACAGCCCAAUGCCUCCCCCACAAGCCCCCAGCCCCAUGGGCCCGCCCAGUCAGAACCCCGCACCGUCGCAUUCGCCCCACAGUACCUACCAACCGCCACCGAUGGGGCACAUGAACGGACCACCGCCACCUUCCAGCCACGGCCCUCAUGGACAUGGCCCAAUGUCCGCGCCCGGACAUGGACCGAUGCAGACGUCUGGACAUCCUCCUAUGCCAGGUUCUGGUCAUCCAUCGAUACCGGUCUCAGGGCACGGUCCUAUGCCCGGUCCAGGUCACCCUUCGAUCCCUGUAUCCAGUCACGGACCAAUUCCUGUGUCUGGACACUCGCCUAUACCUGUAUCGCAUGCUCCGAUUUCCGUAUCUGGUCACUCACCAAUGCCUAUUACUGGUCAUGCUCCUAUCAGCCCAGGACACGGUCCAAUGCCUCCCCACAUGCCACCCCCACACGGUCACAACCCAAUGGGCGGUCCACCUCCACCGCCCCAUAUGAUGAUGUCAGGGCAACCGCCUCCGCAUCAUCAGGGGCAGCCUGGCCCGCCCCAUCACCAAAGCCAACCGGGACCUCCGCAUCAUCAACCCGGCCCGCCUCAUCAUCAGGGACCGCCUCCAGGUCAAGGACAUCCUGACAUGCCUCCUCAUGGACAGGGGUACCCGCAAAGACAGGUGAGUAUAAUUUGAAACAAACGAUGGUGUCGUUCAUAGGAGUGUUACAAUGGUUCAG